GACAGCUUUUCCUUUAAUAAACGAUAUUUCUUAGAGUGUAAUUUGGUAACCCUAAUUCGUAUGUAUACAUUUCUUCUAGGCUGCCGCGUGCAUUGAGUAUUAGUUAAGCGCUGUUGCCAUGGCUUGCGGCGCACUAAAAUUUGGCCUAAGACAAAAUUUGAGCUCUCUGCUGGCCUCCAAGCACCAGAGCAGUGUAAAUAAGAGCCGCCUCAGCCCGCCCCUGCGCAACUGGCAUGCGAGUGUCCUGAAGACGGACUAUCGCAAGGUUUGGGAUCCGAAGUACAACAAGGGCACCGCCUUCACUCACAAGGAGCGCCAGAUAUUGAACAUAAUUGGCCUCUAUCCGAGCUGCCAUCGCACCGAGAAGGAGCAGCUCUUUGCCGUCUACACGAACUUCAAGGCGCACAAGACCAAUCUGGGCCGCUACAUUUAUCUGCGAGCGCUGCGCGCCCGCCAGGAGCGUCUCUAUUACAGGUUCAUCAUCGAUCGCAUCGAAGACGUGAUGCCCAUCAUCUACACGCCCACGGUGGGCAUAGUCUGCCAGAACUUCAGCCACAUCUACCACACGUCCAUGGGCCUGUAUGUCAGCAAGUACGACAAGGGGCACAUGACGCACGUGCUCAACAACUGGCCGGAGACGGACAUACGGGCCGUGUGUGUGACCGACGGGGAGCGCAUCCUCGGGCUGGGCGAUCUGGGCGCCAAUGGCAUGGGCAUAUCGGUGGGCAAGCUGGACUUGUAUACGGCACUGGGCCGGAUUCCGCCGCAGUAUCUGCUGCCCGUGGUGCUCGACGUGGGCACCAACAAUCAGCAGUUGCUGUGCGAUCCCAUGUACAUCGGGGUGCGCGAGGAGCGGUGCAAGGGCGAGGAGUACGAUGAGUUGGUGAACGAGUUCAUGCAGUCGGUCGUGAAGACCUUUGGCGUGCAAACGCUGAUUCACUUCGAGGACUUUGCCACGCCCAAUGCCUUUAGGUUCAUCAAGAAGUACCAGAACGAGUACUGCUACAUCAACGACGACAUCCAGGGCACAGCCUCCUGCGGCCUGGCCGGCUUCCUCGCCGCCGAGCACAUCACCAAGAAGCCGCUGAACGAGCACGUGAUCAUGUUUGCUGGUGCCGGCAGUGCAGCGCUGGGCGUGGGCAAUCUGCUGCUCAAGGAGCUGCUGAGCCGCAAGAUCACGGAGGAGGACGCUGUCAAGAACAUCUACUUCAUCGACGUCGAUGGCAUUGUGACCAAGGACAGAAAGAAAUUCAUCAUACCAGACAUCAAGCGCUUCGCCAAGGACUUGCCGCCCGAGAAGAAUCUGGAGAAACUGGUGGAGGAUCUGAAGCCCUCCAUUCUGCUGGGCGCCACUGGCCAGGGCGGCAUCUUCACGGAGAAAAUUCUACGCAGCAUGGCCAAGAACCACAAGCAUCCAGCGAUUGUGGCCUGCUCCAAUCCCACCAACAAGUCCGAGUGCACCGCCGAGCAGGCCUACAACUUCACAGAGGGUCGAGCAUUGUAUGCUUCGGGUUCGCCAUUUCCGCCAGUUGUGAUUAAUGGCAAGCGGCUGACGCCGUCGCAGGCGAACAACGCUUUCUCCUUUCCGGGCGUGGCCCUGGGCGUUCUCUGCACCAAGCCGCACACGAUCACGGACGAAGUGUUCCUGGUGACAGCGCAUGCGAUUGCCGAAUAUGCCCGAGAGUUUGCGCCCAACGAGAACGCGCUCUAUCCCCCCGUCAAGGAGGCCGCUAAUGUUGCCUUCCAUGUGGGCGUGGCCGUGGCCAAGCACAUCAUCAGCUGCGGCGCGGCCACCAUCUACCCGAUACCCAAGGACAUCACCAAGCACGUGAAGGACUAUCAGUAUUACACGGAUCUCGGCACGGCUCUGCCCUCGGUGUGGCCGUACCCAGAGCUGGCUCGCCUGCCACUGCCAGACAGAGAUGAGGACACGGAGUGCGCGGACUGAGGAGGCGUGUGUAUGUAUUAUUUAUUAUAUAUAUAUAUGACUUGUUUCACCUGAGCCAACAGAAAAGAGGCAAGCUCAGGGACGUUAGAAAAUAGAUAAUAAUAAUAAAGAGAUUAAAGUUUA